AUGAUGAUUGCAACGACAAAGCCAGUCCGAGUGUCAUCUGCAUCCCUUAAGCCGGGAGGCAAGCAAGAUGGCGCGGGAGGUUCAGGUCGUCAGAAACCACAAGGCCCUCCACCUCAGCCUUCGGAUUCGAAAAUUGUUCGAUUGAAGUUCACGAAACCAAGACACCCCAGACCUAAUCCCGAAGAAGUGGACUGGGAUGAAGAUCUUCGCCCUACGCCCAAUGAGAUACUCGAGAACAAAGGAACCCAUGGAGGAACAUCUGUUGCCAAUACGGACCCGAACCGACCGAAGAUAGUUGACAAGGAGACAGGACGAAAGCGAGCAAUGUCAUCAAAGCCACAAAAAAGCUCGGUUAAACGUAGGAAAUCGAACACAAGGAAAAGUACCACUGCCAAAGAGGUCAGCAGCAAAGGGCCACAAUUGCCAUUGAUCACGCUGAAUGCAAGCACUGUCGCUGCAGCUUCUAUCCAUGGCAAUAGACCUUUGGCCUCUAGUCCCCUGGGCGGGCAAAGCAGAGAUCAUGCCACGAAGACCAAAGAGCAUGUGUCGGAGGCUGAGGCUUCUAACCAAGCUACCCCAUUAAUCGACAGUGAAAACAAGGAUGGCAAUCAGAGAAAGGAGCACAAUCCAACGGUUUUCGUCAGAACAAAAAGCUGCACAUCGGUGACAACUGACUCAUCAUCGGAUCUUGAGGAAUAUGACAAAGGACUAUACCGUACCUCAAAAGUCAACAUCUUGGAGCACAGAGCACAAUCCAGCAGACAGGCAAAUAAUGGCAAAGCUGCUCAUGUAAUGCUUGAAUUAUCCUCGAGUCCCAACGCCGAUCUCGAAGGACCAUCUCGCCCGACUAACUCGAUGGUCACCAUUAUGGAGUCAAGGGCAUUUCCCAAGAGACAAGAAAGCAAGACCAAGGCUGUUCAUGAAACGAGCCAUCUGCAACCUCAUGGCAGAGCAGAGAGAGUUGGCAGCAAAUUGAUGCUUGCACUUCAUAGAGCAGACAAUUUUUCUCACCAGAAACCAGUCUAUGCGGCUACAGAGCCGCUCAUCAUCUCAUCUGAUCCAGUGCAGCCCCAGGACUCUCCCAAAAAGCAACAGUCUGGUCAGAUACCGACAAAACCCGCAUCGGCAUAUGAGCAAGGCGAAUGUAUAACAGACCGAGCAAUUCCAGUUGAGGCUUCACACCCCCAGCCUGAGCUUAAAACGGUCAAUCCGGCACUAAUUGAAAAGACGCAUCCACAGAAGACAGAGCAGAUGGAAAUGACAUACGGCCCACCCUUCUGGAAAUCUCCAAGCCCAAUAAAGAUAUCCUCAGGACCGAGCUCUUUAGGAUUAAAUGCCGGCAGGGAUCUAAUGAAUGACGGCCCUUCAAUUCUCGAUUAUCACAUGGACAUGGAACACAUUCCCGGAUUUGCAGCCUUGCAACCGACGAGAUCUGGACUGGACACAUCGUCACAUAUCACUAAUAUCUGCGACAGCCAGGCGAACACCCCGUCGGAGACCUCAAAUCUAGAAAGGGUCGAUGAUCUCACAACAGCACAGAUUCAAGGACAGGGAUUCAGCCAAACUCCAGAUUCUCAAAAGCCUCUUCUUACUAAUGAGGUCUCGAUGAAACUCAAUUCUCAGUCACCUCAGCCUCCAAAAUCAAUUCCAAAGACCAGCAUUGUCGACAAGAACGGUAGUCCUCGACUCGUGCCUCAAUCAGCAAAGACCACGACAGCUCCUCACCUUGCCCUGGAUGGCGUAAAAGGAGACGAAGGACCUACCAAUGUCACCGACACUAGUGCUAGUGAAUACGAUCGAGGCUCGUCUGAUGAUUCUACCGAGAGUACCGACGAGGGGCUCCCGUGGACCAAAUUCCAAAGAGACAUAUUCUUGGAAUAUGGGAUCGAAACGGAGAAACUGCGAAGAUCCCAACCGUGGCCGCCGCAUCCAAGACACCGGCCAUCAUUUUCUCAAGAGGAUACUGCUGACGGCGCCAUCUCCGAGAAAGCAUCGACGAGUGAACCAAGUUCUUCCCAGCAAACGAUCGACGAGAGAGGCCUAGGUGACGCACCUUCAAAGGAUUAUGAAAACCUUGACCAAUCCCUCCGCACUGAGAUACCGGGUUCGACAGAGUCAGGUGGUAAAUCGCAUGUCCCGUCCACAACAGGCGAUCUUAGCCCAAUGGAAUGGAUAUGCACGUUGCAAGUGGCGCAAAUGGAUGCACACAAUCUGCUCAAACAAACAAAUUCGCAUCUCUCAACUCAGCUGGCGGCGGAAAAGGCCACCAUCAGUCGAGUCCUGGAGAUCUAUCGAGAAGGCUGCGGUCGGAUCCUCGACGAUCUGUUCGAGGCCCAAGAAGCACGCAUGCAGCUAUAUCAUCAGCAAAUGCAGGCUGUGAAGGAACAGCAUGCAGACAUAUGUCAUGACUUAGUUCGUGGGCUGCAGGAGCUCGAUCGUCGGGUGCAACAAGGGGUUCCUUCGAGUCAAUUCCCUUGGGCCCUUCUCUCUGCCUUCUCUCUUCUCUUCCCCAUGUCGUUCUUCAUCGAUAACCCUAAUGUGGGCAACCACAGCCACCUGGAGGAUUCUCGCGUUCUCGGAUACAACCCUCUCAUCCCACCCAACCUCCUCCAGCAUGAGAUCGCAAUGACCGACAAGUCGCGGGAAACCGUCCUCAACGGCCGCAGUGAGGCCGUCGAGAUUGUUCACGGCACUGAUACCCAGCGUCAACGUCUGAUGGUCGUGAUCGGACCCUGCUCCAUCCACGACCCCGAAAUGGCCCUCGAAUACUGCGAUCGCCUAUUGAAGAUGAAGGAGAAGUACGUCGACGACCUGUUCAUCGUGAUGCGUUCCUACCUCGAGAAGCCCCGCACAACAGUCGGCUGGAAGGGUCUGAUCAACGACCCCGAUAUCGACAACAGCUUCCAGAUCAACAAGGGCCUGCGCAUCUCGCGCCAGCUCUUCGUUGACCUGACCAACAAGGGCAUGCCCAUUGCCAGCGAGAUGCUGGACACCAUCUCCCCCCAGUUCCUGGCUGAUUGUUUGUCCGUCGGCGCCGUCGGCGCCCGCACCACCGAGUCCCAAGUCCACCGGGAACUUUCGUCCGGUCUCUCCUUCCCCGUUGGAUUCAAGAACGGCACCGAUGGCGCGCUCGAUGUCGCAGUUGAUGCCAUUGGCUCCGUUAAGCACCCCCACCACUUCCUGUCCGUUACGAAGCCCGGCGUUGUCUCCAUUGUCGGCACUGUCGGUAACCCUGACUGCUUCGUUAUCCUGCGCGGUGGCAAGCGCGGUCCUAACUACGAUGCUGCUAGCAUCGCUGAUGCCAAGUCUAAGCUUAGUGCUAAGGGCAUGCGUCCCCGUCUUAUGGUCGACUGCAGCCACGGUAACUCCGAGAAGAACCACAAGAACCAGCCCAAGGUCGCUGCUGUGAUUGCUGAGCAGCUCGCUGCCGGUGAGGAUGCUAUCAUGGGUGUUAUGAUCGAGAGCAACAUCAACGAGGGCAACCAGAAGGUCCCCGCAGAGGGCAAGGCCGGUCUCAAGUACGGUGUCAGUAUUACAGAUGCUUGCAUCAACUGGGAAGAUACCGAGUCAGUAUUGGAGACCUUGGCCCAAGGUGUUCGUGCACGCCGCGAGAAAUCGCAAGCGAACUAA